GGCUUGUGGCGGCGCCAUUUUGAGCGUGCAGCGGCCUCGGGCGUGAGUCGUUCGGGGCAGGGGAGCCGGCUUGGCGAUCUCGGGGGUUUUCUCUGCCUUUCUCCUUCCGUAUUUCGUUUCUGUGGGUGUAUAGAGUGACACAGCUAUAUAUCUAGAAUCACAUCCGGUGUGCCUGAGCCCCCUAAGAUGAUGUUAAGAGGAAACCUGAAGCAAGUACGCAUUGAGAAAAACCCGGCCCGCCUUCGCGCUCUGGAGUCUGCGGCCGGCGAGAGCGAGCCGACGGCCGCCAUGGCGCUCGCGCUGGCGGGGGAGCCGGCGCCACCCGCCCCGGUGCCCCCGGAGGACCGCGCCGAUGAGGAGAUGGGCUUCACCAUCGACAUCAAGAGCUUCCUCAAGCCGGGCGAGAAGACAUACACGCAGCGCUGCCGCCUCUUCGUGGGGAACCUGCCCACAGACAUCACGGAGGAGGACUUCAAGAGGCUCUUCGAGCGCUACGGUGAGCCCAGCGAGGUCUUCAUCAAUCGGGACCGUGGCUUCGGCUUCAUCCGUUUGGAAUCCAGAACACUGGCUGAAAUUGCAAAAGCAGAGCUGGAUGGCACCAUUUUGAAGAGCAGACCUCUCCGAAUUCGUUUUGCUACACAUGGAGCAGCCCUAACUGUCAAGAACCUUUCGCCGGUUGUUUCCAAUGAGCUUCUAGAGCAAGCAUUUUCCCAGUUUGGUCCAGUAGAGAAAGCCGUUGUGGUUGUGGAUGAUCGUGGUAGAGCUACUGGAAAAGGUUUUGUAGAAUUUGCAGCAAAACCUCCUGCACGAAAGGCUCUGGAAAGAUGUGGUGAUGGGGCAUUCUUGCUAACAACGACCCCUCGUCCAGUCAUUGUGGAGCCUAUGGAGCAGUUUGAUGAUGAAGAUGGCCUGCCAGAGAAGCUAAUGCAGAAAACUCAACAAUAUCAUAAGGAAAGAGAACAGCCACCCCGUUUUGCUCAACCUGGGACAUUUGAAUUUGAGUAUGCAUCUCGAUGGAAGGCUCUUGACGAAAUGGAAAAGCAGCAGCGUGAGCAGGUUGAUAGAAACAUCAGAGAAGCCAAAGAGAAACUGGAAGCAGAAAUGGAAGCAGCUAGGCAUGAACACCAACUAAUGCUAAUGAGGCAAGAUCUAAUGAGGCGUCAAGAAGAACUCAGACGCUUGGAAGAACUCAGAAAUCAAGAGUUGCAAAAACGGAAGCAAAUACAACUGAGACAUGAGGAAGAGCAUCGUCGCCGGGAGGAAGAAAUGAUCCGACACAGAGAACAGGAGGAACUAAGGCGACAGCAAGAGGGCUUCAAGCCAAACUAUAUGGAGAAUUUUAAAGGGAGGAAUCAAAUGAGAGAACAGGAAAUGAGAAUGGGUGAUAUGGGUCCCCGUGGAGCAAUAAACAUGGGAGAUGCAUUUAGCCCAGCACCUGCUGGUAACCAAGGUCCUCCUCCAAUGAUGGGUAUGAAUAUGAACAACAGAGGAACUAUACCUGGCCCACCAAUGGGUCCUGGUCCUGCCAUGGGACCAGAAGGAGCUGCAAAUAUGGGAACUCCAUUGAUGCCAGAUAAUGGAGCAGUGCAUAAUGAUAGAUUUCCACAAGGACCACCAUCUCAGAUGGGAUCACCUAUGGGGAAUAGAACGGGUUCUGAAACCCCGCAAGCACCGAUGAGUGGUGUAGGUCCUGUUAGUGGUGGUCCUGGCGGUUUUGGUAGAGGAAGCCAAGGGGGUAACUUUGAAGGCCCUAAUAAGCGUCGUAGGUAUUAAACAUUCUUUCAUUCCUGGCUACUUAGAGAAAAAAAAUCCCUCUGUGGUAUGCCUUUACACUUUUACCUGUUACCUGGAAGAAAUGGUUUUAUUGUUAAUGUAUGUAGACUUUAAAGUUUUUCUUUUGUAAAACUUGAGGUUUUUGUAUUUUUCUUUAUUCAUACAUAAGCUUUGUAGUUUAGAACGGUAAUGAUGCUCAUCAUUGUGAAUGUUAAAAUGUGUUUGUGACUUUAGCUAAAUAUAAAUACACCAUAGAACUGUGAAGUCUAUGUAGUUACUUAAUAUCAAUAAAGAAAUCAUUUUGGAUAGUUUACAAAUGUUAUUAGUAAUCUCUCAUAGUUUUACUAAACUUUGCUGUAACAGUAGUUCUUUGGUUACCUUAAUUGAUCCCAGCCAUUUAAAAAUGAAAAUGAUUUUCUGUUUUUUAGUUUGUGCAAGUAGCACUGAAGAUAGAAGCUUAGUGAACGCUAAUGUCAACAAGGGAUAGACAGGAUAGUAUAUUGGGGCGGGUGGGAAUGGGGGUUUACAUUUGUACAAACCAUUGAUGUUCUUUCUGUGAAAUCAGAGUUGCUGUCUACAUUUCAUUAUAGAUUCUGAAUAAUCAAAUAAUUCUGAGAAGGAAUAUUAAGGAUAUCUUUGUCCUGUGCUGAUUUUUUUCAAAUAAAUCUUUUGAAUCUUGGAAAAAACAAACUGUUUGGAGGCAAAUCUCUUUUGCUUAUAAAAUCUUGUCUAUUUUUAAUCUUAUCUGCUGUUACUCGGUGUCAGUAUGUAGAUCUUACCCUUUAAAUUUCCUUACAAUCAAACAGUACUGUUAGGUUGGAUGUUACAUGAGGAUUUGGUGUGAUUUAGAAGAAAUUAGGCGUUUCUUGAGAAUGUUGUUUUAAGGAAGUACUAAAGAUGUAUUAACUCUUCAGUGUUGUAAAUAUCUUCCCAUAGUUGGGUAAGUCUCUCCAAUAAAACUUGUCUGACAGGCUAGUUGUGUUUCGUUUCCAAGGAAUACAGUUAAAGUGGUGAUUGGGGGAGGAAAAAAUAGGGAAUUAACUUGAGAAUAUGGCUACCUAAGGUUAUCGGAAUCGGAUUAGAUCCCCUUGUUUGAUUUUCAGUACUAGGGAGAAACAGAUUUUAUCACAUUAUAAUUAUUCUAAAACAAAGUCCUUGCUGUUUUUAAAAUUUUGUAUGUUAGCCGUGUUUAAUUUAAAGUUACAUUUAAGGAAUUAAUACUCACCUUAAGCCACAAAUCAAGUUCAUCAGCCAUUGAUCCUAACAUAGUUAUUUCUCACAUAACAUUUCAGUGUGUUACUGUAUCAUACUUUUAGCAUUUUCAUGAAGGAUAAUGUGCUAUUUUGAAAUGAAUAGUGUGUAAAUAUUAACUCAGUUUUGCAUGGUGUUUGUUCAUGCUGGAAGGCAUUCUUUGGAAAGAAAUUUGGUUAACUUACAAUCUUGUACAAAAGCAGUUGCGUAUAAAGCUAAACUGAGAUUCACGUCUUUGUAACAGUGAAAAUUUUCUGGUGUGCUAUUUCACAUUCUGUUUCUUAGACACAACAGUAUGGAUGGAAUUAUUUUCUAAAAUUGUGGUAUUCGUAGGCUUUUGUUUUUGGCAAAUCUUUGAAAACAUGAUUUGGAGAUUAUAAAAUAAUAGCCAAAGACUAUUCUUAUCACGUUUUCCUUGUACAUGAGUUGGCAGGGAAUGGAAUUAUUUUAUUAAUUAAAUACAGUGUAGGGAGUUUUAACAUUAAAUAUAAUUUUUUAAUGAUAUCUCUUGCUUCUAAAUAUACUUUUCCCAUCACCUGUACUUCUAUUCAUAUAAUCCUUAGGUGAUUUCUUGCCCUGAAAUUUGCUUCAAAGCUGAAUUGAGAGCAUGAAAAGUUUGAUCCUUUGAUGUUAAUAACAAGCUGUCUUUGGCCAAGGUUGUGAAAUUCUGUAACAUUGAUUCAAGAACAUUUGAAAGCCAGUGCACAAAGAGAUGUCCUAAUCUUCUGAACAUUCUAGUGUCCAGCUCAACUCUGGCUCCAAGAUCAGAGUUCUACACAGCUUUUUCCCUGCAUCAAGAAAAUCUUUGUUCCAGUACUUAUCAAGUUUACCCUGGGAACAGUCAGCUACUGAGUGACAGUCAAGUGGAGCAUCUGUGAACUUCUAGUUAUUCAGUUUUUAGUGUUUUUGUAUAAACAACUUUGUGGCCGGUUCGCUCAAUAUUUUUUCUUGUAAAUAAGUAUACAUACCAGCAAUGAAUGUCACUUGCUUAAAAGCAGUAGAUAUAAAAAUAAAUAAUAGUGUUAGCUUUUUAAAA